AACUCCAAAUCGUCAUCCCACGUUCUUUUCUUGGUUUUGACAUAACUUUGCAUGCAAGGCCUAUAAGUACUGCACGUAGCUACCCCUCGUUCCCCUAACUCACAAAAUUAAAGAUGGCUAGUUCCAAGGUCCUAGCUGCUGCAUUCCUGCUACUGCUCAGCGUUGAGCUCAUUGCUGCCGGAAGAGCUGCCAUCCGUGCCACCGGCGGUGGAGGAGGAGGAGGAGAAGGUGGUGGUGGUGGUGGUGGUGUUGGAGGGGGAUGGUUGGGCUCGGGCUAUGGCUCAGGCUAUGGCUCUGGCUAUGGGUCGGGCAGAGGCUCUGGGUACGGCGGUGGCGGGGGAGGUGGAGAAGGCGGAGGCGGCGGCGGUGGGUCUGGCUAUGGUUCUGGUGGUGGUAGUGGUUCUGGUUAUGGGUCGGGGUAUGGCUCCGGAUAUGGCUCUGGAGGUGGUAGGGGAGGAGGCGGAUAUGGUAGUGGCGGAGGAGGUGGUGGAGGUGGAGGGUCGGGUUAUGGGAGCGGCGCCGGUGGCUCCGGUUAUGGUUACGGAAGUGGAUCGGGGUAUGGUUCUGGAGGAGGUUAUGGGAAUGGUGGAGGAGGUGGUGGCGGCGGCGGCGGCGGUGGAGGCGGCGGCGGAGGUGGCUCCGGGUAUGGAAGCGGAUCAGGAUAUGGCUCCGGUUAUGGUAGUGGGUCGGGAUAUGGUGGAGGUGCCGGCCAGGGUGGAGGAUAUGGGAUGGGCGGCGGCGGCGGCGGCGGCGGCGGCGGCGGUUCCGGCUAUGGCUCGGGCCGUGGACAAGGGUCCGGAUAUGGGUCCGGGUAUGGGUCUGGCUAUGGAUCGGGCUAUGGUGGUGGAGGUGGAUAAUUUCAGCGAGUAUUGCUCGGUAUAAGGAAGGAUCGCUAGGCAGGCUAUAUCUUUUCCCAUUGCUUGGCUAUUUUGGAUUUGCCAUUCUGCUAUAGACACGGUACCCUGUUUUGUGUCAUUGAAUAAAUAAAUAGAGAACCUUUUUUUUUUUUUUUUGGUUAAAAAUAAAUAGAGAACCUUAUGUAAUUCUGCAUGCCAACUCUAUUGUACGUGAUGAUGGUUGUCGUGAUAUAUUAAAAAUAUUAAAAGUGAA